UGUGAAUUUCUCAUCCUCCCUCAUUGUCAUUGUCAUUGUCAUUGUAUGUAAAAAUCUCAUCUUUCCUUUCCUUUCCUUGACUGAAAGAAAGAAAAGCAGAGCAGAGCCGUGGAGUCUCCCUCCCAAUCCCAAGUUAUAGUCAGUCUGUAAAGGAGUCGUCUUUCUUCCCCUGCUCCGCCGCCGGCGAUGGCGCGCAACCCCUGCGACAUCCGCCUCCUCCUCGUCGCCGCCGCCGUCGCCUUCAUCUACAUCCAAGUGCGGCUGUUUUCCACCCAGUCUUCUUCUUCUUCUAAUUCCCACUCUUCAGACGCCGGACGCCUCGCGGAAGCAGAGAAAUGCGAGAGCCAGCUGCACGCCAUGAUCGACCAGGUCAGCGCCCAGCAGGAGAAGAUCGCCGCACUUGAAGAGAUGAAGGUACGCCAAGACGAGGAGCGCGUGCAGCUCAAGAUUUUAAUCCAAGAUCUUGAAAAGAGGAGUUUACAGACCUUAACAAACAAGAACGUGGUUCCUGUCGCCGCUGUUGUCAUAAUGGCUUGCAAUCGACCAGACUAUUUGCAGAGGACAGUCGAAUCUAUCCUCAAGUAUCAGAAAGCAGUUGCUUCAAAGUUCCCACUGUUUAUAUCACAGGAUGGAACAAAUGGAGAAGUAAAAAAGAAAGCUUUGAGUUACACUCAAAUAACAUUUAUGCAGCAUGUGGAUCUUGAGCCUGUGCGCACUGAAAGACCAGGAGAAAACGUUGCAUAUUACAAGAUAGCUAACCACUAUAAAUGGGCCUUGGAUGAGCUAUUCAUUAAGCAUGAUUUUCGUCGAGUAAUCAUUCUGGAAGAUGACAUGGAGAUCGCCCCAGAUUUCUUUGAGUACUUCGAGGCUGCAGCGAAAUUACUUGACACUGACAAGUCGAUAAUGGCUGUUUCAUCUUGGAAUGACAAUGGGCAAAAGCAGUUUGUUUAUGACCCAAAGGCUCUUUACCGUUCGGACUUCUUUCCUGGGCUUGGAUGGAUGCUAACAAAGUCAACAUGGAUGGAGCUGUCACCAAAGUGGCCCAAAGCUUAUUGGGAUGACUGGGUGAGGCUAAAGGAGGUACACAGAGAUCGGCAGUUUAUUCGGCCAGAAGUAUGCAGAACAUACAACUUUGGCGAGCAUGGAUCAAGCAUGGGACAAUUCUUUGAUCAAUACUUGAAACCAAUCAAGUUAAAUGAUGCUCAUAUUGACUGGAAUUCCGAGGACCUGAGCUACCUCAAGGAGGACAAGUUUCUGACCAAAUUUGGAAAAGACGUGGCUAGCGCCACACCUGUGCAUGGAUCCGAUGCUCUGUUGAAGGCUCACAAUCUGGAUGUGGACGUAAGGAUUCAGUAUGACAAUCAGGGCGACUUCGAGCGUAUAGCUCGUCAGUUUGGAAUAUUUGAAGAGUGGAAGGACGGUGUCCCACGGGCGGCUUACAAAGGCGUGGUGGUGUUCCGGUACAAGAGCAGCCGAAGACGGAUAUACCUGGUGGGCCCCGACUCUCUUGGCCAACUCGGGGUUUAGCUUAGCGUUGCCAAGGUGGGGAAAUCUGUCGACGACGUGGGGAAGUUGACGCCCUGAUGUAGCAAAACAUUGAAUGACGGGUGCAAAUUGAAUGCACAGUUGCCAAGGAUAUUUUUCCUUUUUUAUGAUGGAUGGAUGGAUGGAUGGAUGAGGGGUGUUUGUUUCGCCCUCGAGUCAGGUCUCGAGGGGUUUCGCUGUUCAUCCAGAGUGGAGGAUGGGAUAGAGUAGAGUAAGAGCAAGGGAAGAAGAGCGCAGGGUGUAGAGAUGUAUUGACAGAGAUACAUUAUUUGGCUGGGAUUCAUUCAUCCAUGUCCAUGUGUGUGUGUGUGUGUGUGUGUGUAGUUAGCUGAAGGGUUUGUUUGUAUUGAAGCAAGUUUGUGAGUGUGUUUACUAGUUACAUGAUGAUCUAACAAGAAUAUAUGUAUAAUGGUUCCCUUUAGCUGACAUGGCAUUAUGCUUGAGAAGAGAAGAAAAUUGUUGCUUGUGUUUUUGAAUA